AAGUAGCUAAGCUAACAGUUUGACAUGAAUAAGCAGUUCACUUGGAGAUGUGCUCUCAAAGAAGCUAGCUACUGUUUUGAAACGUUUGAUAAUGUUGGUUUUAAUUGGCCGUACAGGGCUAGCUAGCUACUUACAUAAGUUAACUGUUUGUUUUGCACAUUGCCAAGGAAGACCCAAGUGCUCGCAACUAACGUUCGCUUACUCUGCAUGUCAUAUAGCAACGUUAACGUUACUGAUAUGCUAACGUUAGCUCGCAAGUUACAGUACAGUAGGACCGAAGAUACUGCUGAUAUAACUAGCUAACGUUACUAGCUAGCUAGAUAGCAUCUUUCCUACGGUGUCGCCGUGGUUUAGAUAGAAAACCAGGAAAAGGACAGGAAGUGACGGUACAGGAAGUGUUGCCAUGGCGUCUGAGCUGCAGGAGGCGAUCUGCAUGGCCAAGCAGGAGCGUCACAAGAACUUGUUCCUCAACUACAGGAACCUGAACAUCUUUCCUGUCGAGCUGCUGAAGGAUGAAGGACUACAGUUCCUACAGAGGCUUUAUAUGAAGAGGAACUCUCUCACCACGCUGCCGGAUAAUCUAGCACAGAAGCUCCCCAACUUAAUAGAGCUGUAUCUGCAUUCCAACAACAUAACCUGUGUUCCUGAAGCUAUAGGUAACCUGUCCAGGCUGCAGUCUUUAGACCUGAGUGACAACGCUCUGCAGGUCAUCUGCCCAGAGAUCGGCAGGCUGAGGUCCCUACGACACCUGAGACUGGCCAACAACCAGCUGAAAUACCUGCCUCCAGAGAUUGGAGCCCUGUGUGACUUAGAGACCCUGGAUGUGAGUAGAAAUGUGUUGGUGUGUCUCCCAGAGCGGCUGCACCAGUGUCUGUCUCUCCAGUGUCUCACUGCUGACAGGAACAACCUGACCAGCUUCCCCAGACAGCUCUGCCAGCUCCACAGCCUCAACGAGCUCAGUAUGGCUGCUAACCAACUCACCUCUCUACCCCUAGAUUUGGGGCGUUCCAGAGAGCUGCAGUUUGUGUUUGUUGACAACAACGUCCACCUCAAAGGCCUUCCUUCAUACCUGUACAACAAGGUGAUUGGCUGCAGCGGGUGUGGUCUGUCAGGGCAGGUGUCUGACCGGGCGCCCCAGCCUCUGUCUCUGUCUCUGGGAGAUAUGUCUGUCCCUCUGCCUGCUGAGGUGAAAGCUAUAGGCUCAGAGACGGAGCGAGUGGGCCCCUUGGAGGAGCUCGCCAUGAGGGCCCUGCACAGCAUGUACCGGCGACAGCCACUCAGAGAGCGGAGUCUGCUGCCGCCCUUCCUGUUACCCAGAAGCCUUCUGGACCUGCUUCAAUGCCCCCUGGGACAUUGUCACCGCUGCAGUCAGCCCAUGUUUACCAUCAUCUACCCCAAACUGUUCCCCCUCAGAGAGACCGCCCUGGCUGGGGUACACCGCAGAACCACAGUGAGUUUCGUUGCCUACUGCUGUUCCAGUCAGUGUGUUCAGACAUUUGAUCUGCAGCAAUGACAUCAUGGUGCCUCCACCUCAGUCAUCAUCUCCUCCUCUGGUCUCCUGGAUGAAUGAAUGAAGGAUGACAGAAGAUGGAUGAAGGACUGUGGGAGUCCUCCAGUCCUGAACGUCUCAGGAGGACAUGCAUAGCCUCUGGACUGGUGGACAUGAAGUCCUGAACAUCUCAGGGGGACAUGCAUAGCCUCUGGACUGGUGGACAUGAAGUCCUGAACGUCUCAGGAGGACAUGCAUAGCCUCUGGACUGGUGGACAUGAAGUCCUGAACGUCUCAGGAGGACAUGCAUAGCCUCUGGACUGGUGGACAUGAAGUCCUGAACGUCUCAGGAGGACAUGCAUAGCCUCUGGACUGGUGGACAUGAAGUCCUGAACAUCUCAGGAGGACAUGCAUAGCCUCUGGACUGGUGGACAUGAAGUCCUGAACAUCUCAGGAGGACAUGCAUAGCCUCUGGACUGGUGGACAUGAAGAACUGAACGUCUCAGGAGGACAUGCAUAGCCUCAGCAGCCAGUGACCAGUCCAGCAGUCUGUAAUGGACAUGAAUGGUCCAAUUGAAAGAGGGACAAUAUUGGUAUUAAUAAUCCACAUCAUAUCAUCUACUUAUGUCCAACCACUAACAUCUCUUAAUACAACAUCAUUCUACCAAUG